AUGCCGAGACCAAAAGGUCGUGCCUCCCGUUCCAAGUCGGGGACAUGGCGACGUGGAUCCGCCGAGGACGUGAUAGACAAUCCCAGUGUGUAUGGAGAAGAGAUAGUGGCAAAACCUCGCGCAGCUUCGGUAGCGAGAUCAACUCGAGGUCGACGAUCCAAGGCAGAACCUUCGUCUGAUAAUACACUAGUUGAAGAACGGCAGAGCCCCACCGCUGGACGGAUCACAAAAUCUAAUCGCAACACCCAUGACAUUCCAAGCGACCGAGCAUUAAGUAUUACUAGAGCUAUAGUUACUCUUCUAUGCCUCUUCGCCAUGACCGCCUAUUACGCAGCUCGUCCCGAUAUGAGCGCUCAAGUCUCUCGACCGCCUCCUCCCUUGUCCGGCGAAGAAACUACAACCCCUCUCGACAACCUGCUUCUAUGGAUCCACAAUCAUAUGCCGUGGAUGAAGCAGAUAGGCGAAGCACAGGGGCGAGGAGCCGCGACCAUUGACCGGAUCACAACACCGAGUCCGGAGGGAAGUGGUUCAGAGCUGAAGGAUGUUGAGUUUGUCUGUCCUGAAUGCCCUAGCUGUGGAAAUGCGGUAGUGUGUGAGACACAGCAAAGAGAUGGCCCUAGGAAUAUCAAAGAUAAGGUCUCGGUAUGGCUACCACCGUUCCUAGCGAGAAACGCAGCUAUCUCAGGCUCUGUGCAACAGAUAUUCAACUCUUGCGACGAGUCUGUUAAGGAUCACCCCUGGGGUUUUAUGCUGCUGGUCCUAUCUGCCGCUUGGAAACUCUCAGAGCUUCUCCUGCGAAUGGGUAAAACAGGAUGUACCCGCGGGCUAGAAGUUGCCCGGCAUAUCAUAAGAAUGCAUCGAGCUGAUGAGAUACUCGUCAAAUUGGAUCUCGACGCUGAGUCCGAGAGAGCUAGGAAGGAGGCUCAGGAGCAGUUUCUAUUGCGCAUGAGCACUAUUCAGAAAGACUGA